GUUUAACUGGAUCUUUGCACAAAAUCAUCAGAGGAACAUCAGAUCACUGAAAAGGACUGAAGCUAAUCGGAGUGUCUCAGAAAAAAAGGAACAACCUUGGCCAGCAAGAGGUUGUUUCAGUCGUGCUGUAAGAUCAUGAAGAGACUCUUCCCUGUUUUAUUUGUGGCGGUAUUCCUGACAUCUGCACAAUCUCAGUUUAGUCCACUAUUCCUUGAGGAGCUUGGGUCGGACAUUGGAAUCCAAGUGUUUAACCAGGUGGUGAAGACCAAGCCCCAUGAAAAUGUGGUUAUAUCCCCUCAUGGAAUUGCUUCUGUACUUGGAAUGCUGCAGUUGGGUGCAGAUGGAAAGACUAAAAAGCAGCUGACAACGGCCAUGCGAUAUAAAGUAAACGAGGUUGGUAAGAUACUAAAGAAGAUCAACAAGGUGAUUGUUGCUAAGAAGAAUAAAGACAUUGUCACUAUAGCAAAUGCUGUGUUUGCCGACGAUGGUUUCAAAGUGGAACCUUUCUUUGAAAAUAAAAUUAAAGAAGUCUUUCACGGUCAAGUAAAAAGCACUGACUUCCAGGAUAAGGACACAGCUGCAGCCGCGAUCAACCACUGGGUGAAAAAUGAGACAAAGGGAAUGAUUGAGGAUUUGAUAUCGGCUGAAUUACUGGACAGCUCCUUGACGCGGUUGGUUUUACUCAAUGCACUUUAUUUUAAGGGACUGUGGAAGUCUCGAUUCCAGCAGGAAAACACAAAAAAACGCACCUUCCAUGCACCUGAUGGCAAGACUUACCAAAUACCAAUGUUGUCCCAGCUCUCUGUAUUCAGAAGUGGAUCAGCAAGUACCCCAAGUGGUCUCUGGUACAAUGUAAUAGAGCUUCCCUAUCACGGUGGGAGUCUAAGCAUGCUAGUGGCUUUGCCCACAGAUGAGAACACGCCACUAUCUGCCAUCAUUCCCCACAUUAGUACAAAAACUCUCCAGAGUUGGAUGACUAUGGUUCCAAAGAGAAUUCAACUAAUUUUACCCAAGUUCACAGUUGAAGCUGUGACGGAUCUGAAGGGGCCUCUGAAAAACUUGGGCAUUACAGAUUUGUUUGAUUCAUCUAGGGCCAACUUUACAAAAAUAACCAGAUCAGAGAGCCUUCAUGUUGGCAAUUUACUACAAAAGGCUAAAAUAGAAGUAAAUGAAGAUGGCACCAAGGCUGCGGCAGCAACAAGUGCUAUUUUGAUAGCAAGGUCAUCUCCUCCAUGGUUUAUUGUGGACAGACCAUUUUUGUUUUUCAUCAGACAUCAUCCUACAGGUGCUGUGAUGUACAUGGGACAAGUAAACAAACCUUAAGAGAGACACCAAGCGAGAGGAAGAAUUUCUACACAUGUCCUUCAUCCUGACUUUCAUCAUUUAGAUAUUUAGAUACAUUACUCUAGUUUCUGUGAAUUCUGAUAACUUUUAAACAGAAAAUAUUCAUUGUGCCUGUAACAUUUGUUAUUUUCUGAUGUUUUGUAUGAUUUUUUGAUAACUAAUUUUGAUGGUAGACCUUUUUUUCUUUUUUGGAUGGUUUAUAACUACUGAAAAUUCUGUGUUUUUAUUAAGGUAUUUGUUUUAAUUUAAAAAAAAUGUUUUUUCCCCAUUUUCAAAUAUCUUAAAGGACACUUGGUAUCUUCAAUGCACACAACAGAACUAACCCUUUGAUUGCAGACUAGUUUGCAAUGAAUUGCCAAGGGUUACAAUGUUCACUCUAUUUUUCUUUUCACCUUUCACAGUAUUUACAGUAUGAGAUUCUGUGUUAAUGUAGGUCAAAACCAGGAAGACAAUAAACUGGCUCACACUUAUGAUGUGAGGAAACAUUUCGUAUUAAUAUAGGCGUUGCAGUACAUGGUGUUCUCUCUUGGCCUGUCUAAAGUUGGAGAUUAGACUGUUCUUAUAGUGCCUGUAACAAAGGAUGCAUGUGUUCCUUCAAAUAAACCUUCAAAAUUAACUCUUUGUAACAAACUUAAGAGGGCGUCUCAUGGCUGAGGUGCAUUAAAAAUAAAAACGUGCUGAAAAGUAAAA